AUGUGGUAUCCGUGGAUCGCGUUGCUGGUGUCGAGUGCACUGGUGGGGGCGGAAACGACUGAGGGGCCAACCCCGGCAACCACCCGUUCCCCACCACGCACCCUGGACCGGCCGCUUGGAGAGCUCGCUUGGCCCACCUGGUUACAGAACCCUGAUGAAGGCAACCAGAACGCUCCUCCCAGACGAAUAACCACCAAGUCUCUGUUCAUAACCCCCUUGGUAUGUCCUAAAGGACAUCGCUUGGAUGGAGCUGCUUGUGUUCAAGUGGUGACCGUUAAUAAAGAUGAACAUGAACGCAUUUUAUUGGAGCAAUUGAACGCUCUGCAUAUAUUCACUGCAGCUCCAAACAACAGUGACGUUUUUUACGAUUACGGUGACGAAGAACCAGGCCCGCUGCAAUUAUCUAUACCUAUUGGACUCGACCCUCAGGGUUCGCCACAAGAUCCAUCUGCUCAGAAUCAGGAUCUGACACCAAAUUUCGGAAAUAACAACAAAAAUGGCGAUAACACUGAUAUAGAAGCGGAGCUAGAACUUUUAAAGCUACAGCAAGCGCAUAAUAAACUUAACCAGACAGCGGGUAACAAUAUUUUAUCUCAUAAUGCACUCCACAACUUGUUGACUUACUCCGACAAACCCAAAAGAGACAGCCCCAUGAUCAACUCAAGUGAGGUUGAUUCAUUAAAUAGUACGGAUGAAGGACAAAAGGAAGUAGUUUAUGGACACGUGAACGUUGACCCAGUACUCUAUGACACAAUAAAUGAAAAUAACGAAGAUAAAGCGACCGAUUCGGAAAUCAAAAACGACGAAACAUCUUUAGCUGAUAAAGACAAUUCGUCAAAUAAAACGGAAAACGAUACAACGCUAGCCAAUUUAAACGAUAAUUCCAAUAAUUCCACCAAUGCAACAAAACCUGUCCUUGAAAAUACCGAAGAAACCAAACUCAACCCAGAAAAUGAUUACUCUGAUAUUGGAGAGGCUAUUAAGCUAAUAAGCAGAUACGCUGAAGUAUCUACUGAUGAUAAUUUUACCAAAGACGAUAAAAAGGACCCAUCAACAGAUGACAGUAUAUUAGGAACACGUACCAAACUACAAUACCGCCGCAAGAAACCGAUUAAAUUAAAUGAACACGAAAAUCCAACACCCGACGUAAUAAGCACUGAUGUAAUGAAUGACAGAUUAAAUCCAAAAAAUGUUGUACUCUAUAGAUACCCAUGGCCAAGCGAAAGUGCUGGUGUGAUCCCACCUAACUAUCCUUUCCGACGUCUCCAAGAUUACUGGCCAGGUCGUAGUCAAAUUGGUGGUUUAUACAGAAGUGAAAAUCCACGGCGUCAUCAUCAUUCAUAUCCACACUACUUCAGACCACGAGGCUAUAACUACGCCGGCUAUCAAGGCUCGCGUUCAGGUCUGCAGGAGGCUUACUCUAGACUUCGACGUUAUCCACACAAACUAGAAGCACGUAACGCUAGUCCCGUGAGAUCUCACGCAAACAACCAAGAUUUAUACAGCCUACUUGGUUUAAGACACUGGUUCAGCGGUGAAGGAACUUCGAAGAGAUAG